AAGCUCCUCCUAACAACAGAUACCAGUGUGAUGCUGGGAGCCCUGCUGGCACUCACCACUUUGGCGGAAAGCCCAGAAUGCAAGGUGAAGAUUGGCGAGCUACCCAUUGUGGAGAACCUACUUCUAAUACUGCAAGAAUAUGACCUGCUGUCAAAGAGAAUGAGUGCAGAGCUGCUGAGGCUCCUGUCUCCGGUGUGGCAGGUGAGGGAGCAGCUGAGGGAGCUGGAGGGUCUGCCGGUGCUGCUGAGCCUGCUGUACGGUCAGCACUUGAAGCUGCUGUGGAGCAUCGCCUGGAUCCUGGUCCAGCUCUGUGAGGAUCCCGACACCAGGACAGAGAUCCGGAGUUGGGGAGGGGUGCAGCAGCUUCUCCGGCUGCUCUACGGUGACAGGCAAUUCAUCUCUGACCGCUCGUCCAUUGAGACGCUCUCCAGCGCCAGCGCAGCCGGCCGCAUCCACAGAGAGCACAUCAGAGAGGAGCUCAGCCCGCAGGUCGAGGUGGACAACACUAUGGCCCUGCAGUCAGCCUGCUGUACAGUCCUGACUGAACUGAGUCUGGACGACACAUCUGCUCACCACAUUGUGCAGGAAAAUGGGGUCUAUAUAAUCGCAAAGUUGAUUUUACCACAAAACCAAAGACCAAAGCUCACAUCUCUACAGUGCUAUGCAUUUCGGACCCUCCGGUUUCUCUUUAGUGUGGAAAGAAACAGACAUCUGUUUAAGAGACUCUUUCCCACAGACCUCUUUGAGUUGUUUAUUGAUGUUGGACACUAUGUGCGGGAUCUCACGGCCUACGAGGGGCUGCAAACCAAAGUUUCUCUCUACACUGAAGAGGAAAUGGACAGUAUAAAAGAAAGCAUAGAGACUGACCAGAACCGACCUCCGCUUAAAGUCAUCAACGGUUACUCAGUACUGGACCAUCUGGGCACCGGCGCCUUUGGAAGCGUCUUUAAGGUCCGAAAGCACAGCGGCCAGAACCUCCUUGCUCUGAAAGAAGUGAACCUCCAUAACCCAGUGUUCGGGAAAGACAAGAAGUCGAGAGACAGUAACGUGGAGAAAAUAAUCUCUGAGCUAUCGAUCAUCAAAGAACAGAUGAUGCACCCAAACGUUGUUAAAUAUUAUAAGACAUUUUUGGAAGGCGACAUGCUGUACAUCGUGAUGGAGCUGAUCGAGGGAGUGCCACUGACUGAACAUUUCAACUCUCUGAAGGAGAAGCAGCAGAAGUUCACAGAAGACACAAUUUGGAAUAUUUUCAUACAGAUGUGUCUGGCUCUGAGGUACCUGCACAUGGAAAAGAGAAUAGUCCACCGCGACCUCUCACCUAACAACAUCAUGCUGGGGGAGAAGGACAAAGUCACCAUCACUGACUUUGGCCUCGCUAAGCAGAAACAGGAGAACAGCAAGCUAACUUCAGUGGUCGGCACCAUACUUUACUCCUGUCCAGAGGUUGUGAAGAAUGAGCCGUAUGGAGAGAAAGCAGACGUCUGGGCUUUGGGCUGCAUCCUCUACCAGAUGGCCACUUUACAGCCUCCAUUCUACAGCACUAACAUGCUGUCACUGGCCAGCAAGAUUGUAGAAGCCAUCUACGAGCCAAUUGAAGAAGGAGCUUUCUCAGAGAGAGUCACAGAUAUGAUCAGAUGGUGUUUGAGUCCAGAUGCAGACCUCAGGCCCGACAUUGUGGCCGUCAGCUCAAGAAUCUCCGACCUUAUGAUGAGGCUGAUGGACGGCCUCUACACUUCCCAGAAUGCACUGGAAAGAAGAGCAGAGAGAGACAGGAAACGAGCGCAGAAGUACUUCCUGGAGACGCACAAAAGCAAGACAAACUGCUGUCUUUCGAACACGUCUCAGGAAAAAGGCCUUAUAAAUACUGAAUAUCCAACUCCACGGUCAUCUAGGCCCGGUAGUUCAAACCACAGCGAGAAAGAUGAGGCCUCAGAUUAUGAUGAUGAGCAAUGCAACACCAAAACCAGCACCACUGCCUCUAAAGGAAAACACUACGGAUUAGAUUCCAGUGCCUGUGUGACAUCUGGCGGAUUUCAAUCUAGUGGGGAUUCUGCUGCUGCCAACAUUAAACCAAGACCAGUGUCAGCAGGGAUCUGUGUUUCCCAGAAGAAAGUCCGGCAGAUUGAUGAUCCCAUUCAGAGGCUCCUCGUGCAGCUGCACAAAAUUCUUUACAUCACUCAGCUUCCACCAGCUCCGUACCACAACAUCAAACGACGUGUCAUUGAAAGAUUUAAAAAGUCUCUGUUCCACAUUGGGAGUGAUCCAUACAACCUGAAAGUGCAGCUCAGCAAGCUCCUCAAGGCCUCUCCAGAGCUGAUGGAGUUAGGCUCAGCCACUUCAGACUGGUGGCCUCUGCUCCACCAUUUCUCAGGAGAGCCCUAUGCUGCUGACAGCACAGAUGACGGGAAUCUUAAAGAUGGAGUCACCUAUCAGCAGAUGCAGGGGAUCAUAGAGGAACUGCUGGAGGAGAACAGCUACUACGAAGCAACCCAGCAGGAUCGCAGAGAAAAGAAAUGACGGAGUAACCAAUUGACAAUUGUCCAUAUGCCUCCUUACAUUUAACAGAAGCAGUGGGAAAAACACACUUUAUUCUAGCUUAAAAUGCUUUACGUAUUUUUUUCUUAGUCCAUGUUGUGAUAAGGCGGCUGUAACAUCGUACAUCACUCUCAGGCUGCAAAUAGCAAUUAGUCAAUGAUUUGGCCGAUAAAAUGCCAGACACAGUGUUUUAAUUAUAAUGUUAAAUGUUAAAUGUUAAUCACACGAGACGUCAUCAAAUUGGCCAUCCCAAAUCAAAAGAUAUUGAAUUCAGCAGAAUCUUUUCUGUCGAUUGACUAAUCGUUUCAGCAACACCACACACCUUUUUGGUUCUGAGGCAUUGAUUAUUUGUAAUAGUUUAUAGAACUGUGUGAAUCUAUGCAUGUACAUGUGAUUGUAACCAUUAUUAUUUAUACUUAUUUCUGCCAUUCUGUCCAUGAGAAGUUUCGCAUGUCAAAGAAACAACACACUAAACCUCAAACACUAUCCAAAGCUCUUUUGCUUUUGUAAAGUUUCGCUUUUUCGUUUAUCUGAGUCUAGCUCUUUAAGUGCUCAGGACCCGACUCAACUCAGUGACUAUUUUACUCCUCACUGCAGGACUGCACUUCACAGCAUAUGUUUCAAAUGGCUCCAAAUCCAAACCUUCACAUUAAUUCAAACUCUGCAGCUUUUUGCAGAAAAAAAGAGCAAAUGUUAUCAUAACUGCUGUUUCACGUAACAUGUGAAAUAUACUGUGAAAACUCACUGAAUGUCUUUACUGUCAUUUUGAAGAAUGGAGGGCCACUGCAGGGACGCUUUCAGAUGCACUUUGAUCCAUAAGGGAUUUAUCUGUAUAAUGUAUAAGCUCUUUUAAAAUGAUAUUCCAAAUAAAUUAUUUAUUCGAGACAACGACCAGCUGUGGUCAUUUAUUAUCUAAUUUAGAUUCAACAUGUUGUCUUCCUUUGCUGCGUUAUGAGAAAGGUUUUCCUUAAACUUAAAGUGUGUUAUUUAAGAUUGCAGGAUCACAAGAUAAA